UACUAUGAAGAUCGAGCCAAACUGAGCACUCAGGCAAGAAGGGCAAUUGUCAGAGGUGUCCAAGAGUCCAGCUACAACACUGAAGGGGUUACAGAGCUCAGUGGCUGAAAUAUGAUAACCUGUGCAGACCUCAAAAAUAUCAUCAGCUUUUCACAGAUCCAGCUCUAUGAGAAAGUGGCCAGAAGGAAGGCAAUGUUAGACAAUCUAAGAGCUUUUGGUUCACAAAAAACAUUUUGUGGUUUCCUUUUAAAUUGACAGAGGAAUGGAAGAAAAUGUGGAUACUUUCUGGAGGCAAUGUACCUAUAUUCUCAUUGUGUGUUGUGGAAUCAUUGUGCAAAAUAUACACAACCCUGCAGUGAAAAAGCACUUGAUUUUGUGUACAGGUAAACAUUAAACACACUCAGUAUAGCCUUACUAAUUGGUAGGUGCCAAAAGCCAAGUCACACUUAAAGAGGGAGACCAAGAGAGAUGAUAUCACCAUUAUUAAUUUACACAUUUUACUUAUUCAUUUGUUUUAAGUAUUUUUUGCUUUUAUGACUUGAAACAAGGCAGAGAGAGGAAAAAGAGAAAGACAGUAGGGAGAAGAGCAAAUUUCUUGUAUCAUAGAAGAACUGCUAUAUCAGAUUGGGCUUUCUGUACUUGGGAAAUGACACGCUCCUUGCAACAGUUGUUCCGAGACUACCUAGCAAAGCAGCGCAUUCGCAAAAACCGGCUGGUAACCAAAGAUGGACACUGCAACAUUGAAUAUGGCAACGUGAGGUACAGCAGUCGCUUUGCAUAUGUGCAGGAUUUCUGGACCACCUUUGUGGAGAUACGUUGGCGUUUCAUUAUUUUACUAUUUGUGGCCUCCUUCACUCUUAGCUGGUUCAUUUUUGGACUUAUUUGGUACUGGAUUGCUCAUGAUAAUGGUGAUCUUUGGUGGCAAAAUCCACCUUCAGACCACAAACCAUGUAUAUAUAAUGUUUUUGGCCUCACAACUGCCUUCCUUUACUCACUUGAAACACAGAUGACUAUUGGUUAUGGUCUGCGAGUGCUCAGUCCAUACUGCCCUGGUGCUGUCUCCCUAAUAAUUAUCCAGUCCAUCAUUGGUUUAUUUAUUAACUGUUUCUGGUGUGGACUGGUUAUGGCCAAGAUCACCUUACCCAAGAAAAGAGCCAAGACCAUUACCUUUAGCAAAAUGGCAGUUAUUUGUCCCAAAAAUGCUGCCCUCUGUUUGCAAAUAAGAGUGGCCAACUUGCGUAAGACCUUAAUGAUUGGAAGCCAGCUAUAUGGCAAGUUGCUCAGGACAACAGUCAGUCCAGAAGGCGAGACCAUAAUUCUGGACCAGGUCAAUAUUGAUUUUAUGGUUGAUGCUGGAAAAGACAACCUGUUCUUCAUUUGUCCUUUGACCUUGUAUCAUGUGAUUGAUAAGACAAGUCCAUUUUUUAAAUUUGCUUUGGACACACUUCUUCAACAGGAGUUUGAGCUGGUGGUAUUUUUGGACGGCACAGAUGAAUCUACAAGCUCCUCCUGCCAGGUCAGGACUUCCUACAUUCCUCAGGAGAUUAAGUGGGGUUAUAAGUUCCUCCCCAUCAUCUCCCGCAGUAAAGAAGGGAAAUAUCAUGUGGACUUCUCCAAUUUUGACAGAGUGGAGCCAACUCCAACUGCACACUGUGCUCACUGCUUCUAUAAUGGCCAAAGCCAUCAUCACAGCCCCAGAAAUGGCAUUGACAACCAGGGGUUUGAAGUAAUUGAAGUAGAUGAUCGAAUCAGUGGUACUGAGAUGUAAGAUAGCCCUCUGCAUUCAGCUAUACUGAUUAUGCUCUAUAGCACAAAUUAUAACAAUCAGUUGAAAAUAGAAACCUAAGGCACAUAUUCAGGCAAUGCUAAUUUUUCAGCUUUAAAAGGAUUGCCUGUAUAUAUUCCCUAGGUUUCCAUUUUCAACUGAUUAAAACAUUCAACAUAAUAAAAGUACAAUAGCUGAAGCUUACUGACAGUGUUUGCAUGAUCCAUUCUGACUUUUAGCAGCAUAUGAUGAAACAAAAGCUGUGCAUUAGAAAACAAAACAAAAAAAAUGGCUAGCUUUCACUGGUGUGACUCACAAGGGGGUGUGUCUGAAGCACAGGGCUUUUCUUAUUCUGCUCUUGGUUUGUGUUUUGUCAGUUACGUAGCUCUUUGUAGCAGAUGUGUUUCAAAUCCUGUCUUUUAAUGGUCUAUAGCCUGAAUUGAAUCAGUGAAGAAAGGUUGAAUUUCCUGUUGUUUGUGUGUGUGGUGCACCGUAUCAUGGUGCACUGUAUUAGCCGUAUAUUUGCGGUAUUAGGGCUGGUGUAUUGUUCACAUAUUUGGUGGAUUCACCAAACUGUAAUAUUUUGGCCCACAACUCACUGGCUAUCAGUGAGUUGGGAAGCCAAAGUGUUCCAAUAUAUCAGACUUUAAUGACUUACGAGAACUUUCAGUUCCUGUUUGCUGAAAGAUAAUCACAUAUAUACUGUAUAUGGGUGUACCAUAAUGCCUAAAAUAUCCAUGUCUGGUUUCAGCUUCAAAUUUUUACUGAAAUUGGGUGUGGUCUGUAUCGGAAUUAAAAAAAAAAAAUCUUUUGAUCCAAAGACCAUAAUUUAUUCACGCUUCUUUUGGCAGAUUUUUCCCAGAGAUAUCAAAUUUGACUUUGAAACUCCAUCUUGACAGUCUGUUUCAACUGUGUAUAUUUAUCUUACUUUUCCUGAACCGCUUGAAUAAAAUUAAUAAGAAACCCUUAAACUGAUUUUUAAAGUAUUUGACCAGGCUCAAUCCUCUUAGUGCAAAGAAAUACACCUCUGUUUGGGUUACUGUCUGUGUGGAGUUUCAAAUGUUCUCCCUCUAUUUGUGUGUUUCCUCUGGGUUCCUCCAGGGUAUAUCCCAAGUUUAGCUUUUUUCCCCAGUGUUUCAAGGAUAGGCUCAGGAACCACUGUGAUAUCAUACAUCAUAUCUAUUAGCUCUGUUUCCUGUUUUGAUUGUUUAUACUAUGCCUCUGUUUUCUGUACUGAAAGUUAUUUGUAAAUUUAGGGCAUGAUUUAAAAUUGUUAAAGGUGCAGUUCUAAAAAUGGGGACCAUGUCAAGUCUAGCAAGUAAUUUUAUUUAUAUUUUAUUUGUGAAAUUAAAGAAAAAUUAUGCAAUAUAUUUUUUAAAAAUUGCAUUUUUUUGGCUGUUUUGAUCUGUUAAUGUAAUUUUAAUAUUUCUUGUAAAAAGAUGCCUCAUAAAUCUAUAAUAUUCUUAAAAAAUGAUUCAA